CCAAACACUCAACUGAUAUUGUGUGAUAAAACUGGGAGUCAGCAGGUCGAAACAGGGCUGUUUAUAUAGAAAAAGAACACACGACCUCUGCGGUUCUCUUCCUUAUAAACAAACUCAGCCACAGCUUUUCUGGAACUUGCCUCAUAAGCGAAGAAGACGGCGAAAAUUCUUGCUUUUAAACCCACAAAAAGCCUGUUUUUUCUCUCUUGGUGUGGCUGGAGGCGGGGAAUACAAAGCGACGUGUGCUUAAAUUCAUAACAUUUUUGUACUCAUUGAGACAAAACGGAAUUAUUUCGAAGCUAGGUCGUGCUGCUGUGACUGGUCAGCGAUAGUACAUGGAUUAUCUGUGUUUCCGGGCACUGUGCUGUAAAGGACCCCCACCACCAAGACCAGAGUAUGAUGUGGUGUGCAUUGGCCUGACAGGUGCUGGAAAGACCAGCUUGCUCUCACGCCUCUGUAGUGAGGGCAUCGACGGCAUCGUACCUACAACAGGCUUCAGCAUCAAAGCAGUGCCAUUUCCAAAUGCCAUCUUGAAUGUAAAAGAACUCGGAGGAGCUGACAACAUCAAGAAAUAUUGGAGUCGUUACUACCAGGGGUCACAGGGAGUAGUCUUCGUACUGGAUAGCGCAUCGUCAGAUGAGGACCUUGAGGCAGCACGCAAUGAGCUCCACUCAGCUCUACAGCACCCACAGCUCUGCACACUGCCUUUCCUCAUCCUCGCCAAUCACCAAGACAAACCAGCUGCAAGGACGCCAAAUCAGAUUAAGAAGUACUUUGAGCUGGAGCCGCUGGCCCGGGGAAAGCGCUGGAUCCUGGAGGGCAGCACCACCGACAACAUAGAGGCGGUGAAGGAAAGCUUCAGUCAGUUUAUUAUCCUCUUGGAGGACAAAGACACAGAUCCUGCAAGGAUAUGAUGCUAAUGCUGCUAAUGCUUAUGGACAUUACUGGUUGAGAACCACCACAUCCUGCUGGUGCCCAUUCACACACACACACAACCUCACAGACACAAACAGACACACAAAAGAAUACAACAGAUGUUGGCCACUGUUUGAAAUGUGUAUUGUAUGUUAUCCUCCAUUCACUGUGGUCUCUGUUUUCAAAUUGGAAGCGUGUGCACAAGAACCAGUCAACCACGACAGGCUGACAGCCACCCAGGUUUCAAGUAAAGUUAUUGAACUUUGCCAACAAUGAAAGUCUUGUUUACUACUGUUUGUGCCACUGUGAUGUGAUCAAAGAUAUUUAGGACAUAUGGCAAUCCUGUAGUCAUUGUUGAACACUAACACACACACACACACACUCACGCACACACAUAGUGGAGCCCAAAUUGUCUGAAGAUAUGUUUAGUAUCUCCACUAAUUACUUUGCAGGAUGUUUGGGUGAGCAUGGUUGAUGUUCUUUCCACUGAAAAGUCGAUGGCUGUCAAGUGUGCUUCUCCGUCUGACUCUGUAACAACAAAUGUUGUUGUGUAAUUGGAGUGCAUAGUCCAAAGCCAUGUGUUAUGUACGGUAGUUACAUAUCGGUGUGUCACACCGUCUCUCAAUAUCUAAUCUGAAUAGUGUAGUCUGAGUAUCUCAUGGAGUAUUAAGGCCAUGCAAAUGUGCAUGCUGCUGUGUAGCCUCCUGUGUACACAACUAUAUACUACUACUCAUGAGAUGAGGGGAUCAGUGGAGAUGAGUCCAUUAGGGACAAAGUGGGAACAAGUCUAAAGGCUUUUUUUUAUAUGUUCUAUCUAGGUUAUAUUUUAUAGCUCUGUAUGUUAACCCCGUAGAGCAAUGUUUUGAUUUUUUUAUGUCACACCUAUGAAUACUUCAAAAAUCAGAGUUCAUAAUAAGAAGAAAAAAGUGAAUGGGCUGGAUCUAGCUGCAACAUGGAGCAAUGUAAUGGAUUUUGUGUCUUUUCAGUGUUGAGCAAAUGUCAUAUUUGUUUUUGUCCAUUUUUUUAAACUUUAAUUUCUUUUUAUUUUCCUCUUAAAUUUAGCUUAAUCUCCUCACGCUGGCUAGUGACUGCAGUUUCCCAUCAGACUAAAAUACAAACUAUCAAUCAGCCACAGCAACAGCUGCAUCUGACAAGUCCCUGUCCGACACCCUAAUGCCUUCCAACUGUCUGGAGACCCCUCCCUGUCUGCUGUUUAUCGCGCACCCCUGCCCCACCUCAACACUGCCCCUCCACUCCAGCUCCACUCCAUGUUCCCAUUACUGCUCAAUAAGGCUUGUAGCCCACAUGCCAUUUCAGCCUGGACGCCCUCAUGUGGACUCAGUACCUCUAAAAUGAGUCAUGUUCAUUGUGCCUCAGGUGUCUGUUCAUCCCCAUCAUGAAAGUGCUCAAACAUCCUCAUUGUUUUUUGUUUUGUCAGGUUUUAAGAGACUUAAUCACAUUUUGUACCUUUAUGUAAGAACUGAAUGGAUCAAUGCAUUUAUUGGCUUGAAUGCAAAAUAAUUCUUUCGAUCAUAGAUUAUACCAGUGGUGGACUUUUCAUGUCAUCUGCUUACAUUAAUCACAAAUGUUUUAUAACUGUACAAUGUACAAUUUUUUCUUUUUAAAUUUUUUGUUCAAAAUGGAAAUUAAAGAUUUAA